GACGCAGCGAUUUAAGGGCUGUGACGUCGGUUGUAAAUAUUAUUCUCCUGCGUAGCUGCAUUUAAGGACACUUUCUCCCCAAAACGAGCAUUUUUCGGGACUGUCAUCUAAAAAAGUACGGGUAAACUAGCUCCUAAGGGAGUCUAGAAGCCUUCGCGAUGGGUGUGGGGUCGGAGAGAUCGUUGCGGGAGAACCUACGGAGUCUCUCUCGGGGCGAUGUGGAGGGAGGCCCGAGGAAGGAAAGACAGCAAGCCCGUCGGCAAGUCGACGCAUGGACCCUGAAAGUUGACAACCUCGGGAAGGUCCUGUGCGCCCUAGGUGUUGUGACGUUUUUCCCCGGUACAAUCAUGGCUGUCUUGGGGUACUACGUAGAAGGAGUUUGGAACGGGAAUAUGUUUUUGAUGAUUUUGGGGCCAGCUUUGCUUCUGAUUGGGUUUUUCGUGUUCUUCCUUGGCCUCCAUAUGUGGUGUGCGGACUGUUUCGAGGCUGAUGACGCGUCACUGACAACUUCGGCACGCAUUGAUGACGAAGAAGACAUCUCCGAAGCGCAGGUGAAACCAGGUGUUCUGACCAACAACAAUCUACGGACCGGACCCCCCAAUACAUGGUUCUCGCGAGCUGGCACCAAGGAGGACACAGAGCCGAUCGUGAUCAACCAGUACGGCUACAUGUCCAACAACAACGAGCUGACGUCAACACCGGCGCAGGGGGUCUAAACCUGACCGUCUUCCAACCACCACUGCGGGGUGGGCUGAAGCAAACCGGUUUUGUGUCUUUAACUGUUUCAUCUACGCUUGUGCAAAGUCUUCUUCACCCAACCACUGAGACUAGGGGUGAAUAGUAGAAGGGUCUGCAUGGGGGGUUCCAACAACACUUUAUGCUCAAUUAAAAAGAACACGCUAUGUAAUACAAUAGAAACGAGGAAGACAAUGAAAGAAAAUUUAGUUGCCUCACUAUCAACUACGUGAUCACGACAGCUUUCCCUACGAAUCACGGGAAAUAAACAUAUAUAGGCUGUCUAUGCCUUAUGGAAAAGAACAUGCAGACCCUCCUAUAGCAAACUGGCUUUGCCUCUAUUCUUCUCUGUCAGACUUAAUAGCGUGCUGGAAAAAUAGUAGGAAGUGAAACUUAAAGGCCUCCGCAAACACUCCAUUUUUCCCCCUGGAAACAUUUGCCCUUUUACAGACAGUAGCUGGCUGCGUUUUGUUUAUGUUGCAGGGGCAUUCGACUUUGACAUCCACAACACAUCACAUUGCAUAUGUGCAGUUCUACAUGUGAAACGGAUAGUCUCUGGUAGUUGUAUAAACACGUGUUAAGUUCAUUGUCAGUCUCUUGCUCAAGCAGUGUGAACAUUUGUAUCUUAGUUCAUCUUUGUACUGUCUAAUAGAGUGUUUAUGUUUUAUAAAGGCUUUGACUGUGAGUACACUGUAGGCCAAGCUGGUUACAUAUAUUGCUUGUAGACAAUGUAGUGGGGGAAAACAUUACUGUCAAUUUAGCUAUUCAAGAAUGUACACAGAGUGUAAACAGAGUUAUACAGAGUAUAACCAAGUCCUCUGGACCAUCUAUCGAGAACUUAGCGAUAUACAUUGUAGUAUUUAGCAUAUCAUAGAAUAUCAGAAUACCUUUAUUAGAAUAUUACACAAGUACAGACUGCAAGAGUGUCGAUAUAUGUGCCUGCAUUUUUUCACUAGUGCCAUUCACUGUGCAGCUUAUCAUAAACAAUAUUGUAUUGGUGAUGCUGUCUACUUAAUUCUGUAAUAGCAAUAAUUUU